AUGCGAAGAACAUCUGUGUCGCUGCCGACGAAGCAACCCGCCCGAGAUCCUCACGAAAAGCCCGGAAGAUUCGCACCAGCCCAUCGCAAGACCGGCCUGUUUGCUAGCUUAAGAGAUAUGUCUCAAGCGCAGAAGACGAGGUGGAUGAGGACAGGCGCUAUUGCCUUCCUCGUCGUUUUCCUCUUCUGGUACCUGUCUCCCAGAGGAGUGAACGUUCGCCCUGGUGGAGUCUCGACCGGUGGCUCUGGUGGCCAAGUUCCGGCCGAUUCUUCCUAUGGCACCGAGAAGUGCUCCGUGUCAAGCUCCAAGUCGAAGCCCAUUGUCCAAUAUGUCCUCAUGAUCGAUGCCGGCAGCACGGGAUCCCGUAUCCACGUCUACAAGUUCAACAACUGCGGCGCCACUCCCGAGCUCGAGCACGAGGAGUUCAAGAUGACCGAGAAGUCGGUCGGUGGCCUCAGCAAGUAUAAGGACGACCCCGAGGCCGCAGCCAAGACUCUCGAUGCCUUGAUGGAGGUCGCUCUCAAGACUGUUCCCGAUAAGCUCAAGGCCUGCAGCCCUGUCGCGGUGAAAGCAACUGCUGGUCUGCGUAUGGUCGGCCCCGAGAACGCCCAGAAGAUCCUGGACGCCGUUCGCACCCAUCUUGAGAACGACUACCCCUUCCCCGUGGUUGCCAAGGAGGACAACGGUGUCGCCAUCAUGGACGGUGCCGACGAGGGUGUCUACGCCUGGAUCACCACCAACUACCUCCUUGGUAAGAUUGGUGGCCCCGACAAGAGCCCCACUGCCGCUGUCUUCGAUCUCGGCGGUGGAUCUACUCAGAUUGUGUUUGAGCCGACCUUUAAGGGAGCGCCGGAGGGCGGCAUGCCUGAGAAGCUCGCCGAGGGUGACCACAAGUACGACCUCAAGUUCGGCGGACAGCAGUUCGAGCUUUACCAGCACUCUCAUCUUGGGUACGGUCUGAUGAGCGCCCGCAAGGCCGUUCACAAGACGCUGGUAAAUGAGAUGUUCGAGAGCAAGAAGUCUGACGACAGCUGGGUUAAGCAGCCCAUUGUUCACCCUUGCAUUGCCCCCGGCAUGGUCAAGGAGGUUGAGGUCGAGCUGGACGAGGGCCACCCUCUGGGCAAGACCGUCACCUUCAACAUGACAGGCCCUUCCCAAGCCGCUCCUGCUCAGUGCCGUAACCUCGCCGAGAAGAUUCUCAAGAAGGAGGAGUCCUGCAAGCUCGCUCCUUGCUCUUUCAACGGUGUUCACCAGCCGACUUUGGCCAAGACUUUCGCGCGCGAGGAUGUCUACAUCUUCUCCUACUUCUACGACCGUACCAAGCCUCUCGGCAUGCCCGAUUCUUUCACCCUCCGCGAAAUGCACGAUUUGGCCAACUCUGUCUGCGGUGGUGAGAAGGCGUGGGACGUCUUCUCUAGCGUCCCUGGUGCGCUGAAGGAGCUCCAGGGCCGCCCCGAGCACUGCCUCGAUCUCAACUUCAUGAUGGCCCUUCUCCACACCGGUUACGAGAUGCCCAUUGACCGUGAGGUCAAGAUCGCCAAGAAGAUCAAGGGCAAUGAACUAGGCUGGUGCCUUGGUGCCAGUUUGCCUCUCCUUUCCCCCGGCUCCGGCUGGAAGUGCAGGGUUGACCAGGUUAACUAA